UCCAGCUGCACACAUGUCUCCCUGUUCAACACUAUUGCAUGGACUCACACUCUACUGCUGCUGGGUACUGCUGCCACUUUUUAUAACACAAGCUUAUUCGCUGCAGUGUUAUGCCUGUAACAUCCAGGGCCAGAGAUAUGUGGAUGUAGGCUGUUCCAGUCCUGAAGUCAUCACCUGCACCCAUUUCUACAGAGGCUUUAAGCAGCGUUUCUGCAUCAGAACAGAAAGCAUUGCUUUAGGGAUGGUGCUCACCAGUGGAUGCGCUACAUCCCGUCACUGCCACACAGAGGAACUUCCAGGAGUGAAAAUACACUGCUGUGACUCCGAUCUGUGUAACUGUGCUCCCUGGCAUCACAAAUCAUUAACAUCACACACACUUUACUUAAUAAUAGCUUCCUUUGCCAUAGUGUGGCUCCAGCUUUAAAGCAAGAAAAGAAAAGAAAUGUGGGGACAGAGGAGCACAAGUGUCCAAGAAAAAUUCUGGAAAUCCUGCACAAUAUCUUUAGUC